AUCUCUUAUUGUGAGACAGGCAUAGGGCUCACAGAAAACUGCUCUGGGUAUGGGAGAUUCAGUGAAUCAGUGAGACAAAGCAGCUGAGAGUGCACUGGAGUGGCAGAGACAGUUCAGAAGACAAACUAGAAGCAGCAGAGACAGCUGAAAGUGGAGAGUCACGACAGCAGAGGCAGCUGAGAGUGCACUGGAGUGGCAGAGACAGUUCAGAAGACAAACUGGAAGCAGCAGAGACAGCUGAGAGUGCAGUCAGAACAGCAGAGACAGAUAACAGCAGAGUCAGAACAGCAGAGACAGAUAAAAGCAGAGUCAGAACAGCAGAGACAGAUCAUAGCAGAGACAGCUGAGAGUGCAGAGUGAGAACAGCAGAGACAGAUAACAGCAGAGACAGUUAACAGCAGAGACAGCUGAGAGUGCAGAGUGAGAACAGCAGUGACAGAUAACAGCAGAGUCAGAACAGCAGAGACAGAUAACAGCAGAGUCAGAACAGCAGAGACAGAUAACAGCAGAGUCAGAACAGCAGAGACAGAUCAUAGCAGAGUCAGAACAGCAGAGACAGAUAACAGCAGAGACAGCUGAGAGUGCAGAGUGAGAACAGCAGAGACAGAUAACAGCAGAGUCAGAACAGCAGAGACAGAUAACAGCAGAGUCAGAACAGCAGAGACAGAUAACAGCAGAGACAGCUGAGAGUGCAGAGUGAGAACAGCAGAGACAGAUAACAGCAGAACUUGUAACAGCAGAGACAGAUAACAGCAGAGACAGCUGAGAGUGCAGAGUGAGAACAGCAGAGACAGAUAACAGCAGAACUUGUAACAGCAGAGACAGAUAACAGCAGAGACAGCUGAGAGUGCAGAGUGAGAACAGCAGAGACAGAUAACAGCAGAACUUGUAACAGCAGAGACAGAUAACAGCAGAGACAGCUGAGAGUGCAGAGUCAGAACAGCAGAGACAGAUAACAGCAGAGACAGCUGAGAGUGCAGAGUCAGAACAGCAGAGACAGAUAACAGCAGAGACAGCUGAGAGUGCAGAGUCAGAACAGCAGAGACAGAUAACAGCAGAACUUGUAACAACAGAGAAAGAUAAUAGCAGAACAACAGAGAAAGAUAAUAGCAGAACAACAGAGAAAGAUAAUAGCAGAACAGCAGAGACAGAUAACAGCAGAGACAGAUAACACCAGAACUUGUAACAACAGAGAAAGAUAAUAGCAGAACAACAGAGAAAGAUAAUAGCAGAACAGCAGAGACAGAUAACAGCAGAGACAGAUAACAGCAGAGACAGCUGAGAGUGCAGAGUCAGAACAGCAGAGACAGAUAACAGCAGAGACAGAUAACAGCAGAGACAGCUGAGAGUGCAGAGUCAGAACAACAGAGAAAGAUAAUAGCAGAACAGCAGAGACAGAUAACAGCAGAGACAGAUAACAGCAGAGACAGCUGAGAGUGCAGAGUCAGAACAGCAGAGACAGAUAACAGCAGAACUUGUAACAACAGAGAAAGAUAAUAGCAGAACAGCCGAGACAGAUAACAGCAGGACUUGUAACAACAGAGAAAGAUAAUAGCAGAACAGCAGAGACAGAUAAGAGCAGAGACAGCUGAGAGUGCAGAGUCAGAACAGCAGAGACAGAUAACACCAGAGACAGCUGAGAGUGCAUAGUCAGAACAGCAGAGACAGAUAACAGCAGAGACAGCUGAGAGUGCAGAGUCAGAACAGCAGAGACAGAUAAGAGCACAAAGUGUAUGUGGCAGAGAUAUAACAGAAAACGUUGAUUACAAAGUGAAAACAACAGAGGAAGCCGCUGGCACUAAGUGUGAGCAGAGGAAACAGAGUAACACUCCUGUGUAGGUGAAGCAAAGGCAGACCCCAAUCACCUUAGUAUUUAGCAUUUGUUCAUAUUUUAUAAGCUAAGCCAUUGAAUGAUAUACAGUGAUCUGAAAUAAAUAGCACAUAGAAUGUCAGGCAAUAGGGUGAUUGUAACUGUGGGAGUUCAGCCGCUAGAUCCGGUGAGAUUGGAGGAUACAAAACUUGUGCAAAUGAAAGACAACAAGAUCAUCCUUCAGCUACCGGACCCAUCUAAAGCUGUCGCUGGUAACACAACACAUGAAUUUACCUAUGAUUUCUGCUACUGGAGAGACCCUGGUGACCACUGCAAACAAAAAGAGAUGCUCAGAUCUCUUAAUAAAGAAGUUCUGGAUAAUGUCUCCAAGGGUUACAACUCUUGUUUUCUGUCUUAUGGGCAUGGUGGAUCAGAAACGUCUUCCUUGAUGAUGGGGACCAAUGAUCAGCCUGGUUUGCUACAAAUAAUCAGUUCAACUCUUUUGAGCAAACAGCUGGCUUAUGCAAAAACCUUCCCAAUAGAGUUCUCUUGUAUGGAAAUAUCCAGUGAAGAUGUAAGAGACCUUUUACAACCGAGAGAGAAUCAGAAGAAUCCUUUGAUGAAUUCUGGAAUUAAUAACUUGUCUCGCUAUACCGUAAGUGAUUAUGAAGAUAUAAAGUUGCUCAUUGAGAGGACAGACAAAGCAAGGUGUUUAGGUAACUCAAGGCCUAGAAAGUCUCAUAUUGUCUAUAUUUUCUCAGUAACAGCCAAACCAUCUUCAUCUGACCAUGACUCAGAAAAACUGCUCAGUAAAAUCAUCUUGGUGGACCUGGCUAUUAGCGGGACAGCUAUACAUUCCGGAGAAUAUCCAACAGAGCAAGACAACCAUGAAACUCUACAGUCCAUCAUAUAUUCACUGACUGGAAAAACAGAACCAAAAUGCAAGUGUCUUGAAGAUUCACUUUUAGCAAAACUCCUCCAGACUACUUUUGGAGGUAACUGCAAACCUUACCUACUGGUCACACUCAGCCCAAGAGCAGAAAGAUAUAGGGAGACUCUGUCCCUGCUGAAACUGAUUGACAGUGUGAAAAGUAUAGAAAUUCAAGUAGAGUCAAACCAAAAAAGCAAAGUUAAAAGAGAUUUAAAAAGAAAGCUGCAAGAUAAUAUUCAAUGCUAUACAGACCAUCUUGCAGAUAUGUACAUGAGCAGCAGAGAGAAAGUGCAAAAAACUAAACAUUUUCUACUCGAAAUUCAGGAGACUAACAAGAUGGAUCUGGUUAGCAGCCUACAUAAACAUGACCUAGAACCCCAAAGUCCUUCUCCUCAGCACCCCACAACCAGUUUCAGUUCCAGUGACAACGUUUCUGACAAAGGAACAAGUUUGGGAAUCAUCUGCUGGGACAGGAAAAUCUCAUGGCUGCUGGACGAGCUGAAACACUGCAGUGAUAACAUCAGAGAGAAAUUCAAGAACGUAACGUAUUUAUGUGAGGCAAAGAAGGAUGAAUGGAAAACUGAAGCUGCAAAAUUCUCCUCUAUCAUCUUUUUUCACUCUGUACGAUCAGAGAAAAAGGUGGACGAUUUGCAAUGUUUUCUGAAUCACUUUAUCAGCCUACAAGGUCAAGAAAAUGUGCACCUGGUGCUCAGUGACCUGAAAAACACAAAGUGUGCGAGGGAAUUAAGAACAGAAAUGGAUGACAAAGGUUUCCCAAGGUGUGAAAAGACGUUCUUCACAGAGGCGGAAUUGGACUCCAUCUUUCCAUCCCAUAAACAUCACAAGGCAGCAGAGGAAAGCAUGAAAAACAAACUAGUCCUAAUGUUCGAUAUCCUAAUGUUAAGCAGACACACACCAUAUGACAUGAGCCUUGCGUCCAAUGAAAGAGAUGACACUCCUUGGCACAAGACUUCCCCUCAGAAAGGGAAACACAAGGUUGGAAUCUUCACAAGGUGCGCAAGUGAACGUUACAACUGGUUGGAGACACUGCUGAAAUCUGAGAAGUUCAGCGAGAAUGUUCAGGACGUCAGAUCUUAUCACAGUCAGUUAACGGAGGACGUCUCACACUGCACAUUUGGGAUCCUGUAUUACGCCGAAGACUAUGGAAAGGUCAAUAUCACUCCAGAGCUGAAAAAUCUGUCUGAUAAACUGGGGAAAACAAAUGUGAUAGUUGUGAUUGAUGACGUUAAGGACAGCAGCAAGGACAAGAAACAAAGGAUCCUGGAAGAACAGCCCAGCAUCAAUGACCUGGCAAACGAGCUGCUUUUGUUUAAUGAGGGAGAGGUGUCAGAGUAUAAGAUGUACCUCGCGUCUGUAUGUGAAGUGGAUGAAACGGAGCUUAAGAGGAAACUAGAGAAGAUAAAAAAAGUACUUGAAAAUGAAAUUUUGAUACCUAAAGUUGCAGAAAAGAAAAUCAUCAGACACACUAUAGGGAUAUUUACGCGGGCAGGAAACGAAAGUUUUGCAUGGCUUCAGAAUUUGCUGUCAUCUAAGAACUUCAGAAGCUGCAUUCAGGAAGUCAGAACCUUUAACAUCUCGAACACUAAUCGCUAUCAGUUCAUACAGGAGCUUUCUCAGUGCACGUUUGGGAUUCUAUAUCACACCAAAAAUCAUGGGAGGCUCAAUAUUACUGAUGUCACAGACUCCAUGUAUGACACAGAACUGAGAAGAAUGUCUACUCAACUUGGCAAAGAUAAUGUUAUUGUGGUGCUGGAUGACCUGAGUGAUAGCAGCACAGUGGAGAAAUUGAGAAUCCUGGACACACAGCCCAAGAUCAAGUCCCUAACUAAAGAUCUGAUCCUUGUCAGUGAGAGAGAGAAAAAAUGGAAUAAACAGCCGAUAGAGCAUAAACUAACGGAAGUUAUAAAAACAGUAACUGUAUCAGAAACAGAUUAUCCAGCCUCACCUUCAAGCAAUCUAAAUCACACUACUCCCCCAUACCCUGACUCGUAUGGUUCUCCUCCUUCCCUGACACACACUGCUCCCUCCUUACCCUGACACACACUGCCCCCCUUACCCAGACACACACUGCUCCCUCCUUCCCUGACACACAGUGCCCCCCUUACUGUGACACACACUGCCCCCCUUACCCUGACACACACUGCUCCCCCCUUACCCUGACACACACUGCUCCCUCCUUACCCUGACACACACUGCCCCCCUUACCCUGACUCACACUACUCCCCCUUACCCAGACACACACUGCUCCCCCUUACCCAGACACAAACUGCUCCCCCCUUACCCAGACACACACUGCUCCCCCCUUACCCUGACACACACUGCUCCCCCCUUACCCUGACACACACUGCUCCCCCCUUACCCUGACACACACUGCUCCCCCUUACCCAGACACACACUGCUCCCCCCUUACCCAGACACACACUGAUCCCCCCUUACCCUGACACACACUGCUCCCCCUUACCCAGACACACACUGCUCCCCCCUUACCCAGACACACACUGCUCCCCCUAACCCUGACACACACUGCUCCCCCCUUACCCUGACACAUACUGCUCCCCACUUACCCUGACACACACUGCUCCCCCUUACCCAGACACACACUGCUCCCCCUUACCCUGACACACACUGCCCCCCUUACCCUGACACACACUGCUCCCUCCUUACCCUGACACACACUGCUCCCCCUUACCCUGACACACACUGCCCCCCUUACCCUGACACACACUGCUCCCCCUUACCCUGACACACACUGCUCCCUCCUUACCCCUGACACACACUGCUCCCCCCUUACCCUGACACACACUGCUCCAACUUACCCUGACACAAACUGCUCCCUCUUACCCUGACACACACUGCUCCCCCCUUACCCAGACACACACUGCUCCCCCCUUACCCUGGCACACACUGCUGCCCCCUUACCCUGACACACACUGCUCCCCCUUACCUUGACACACACUGCUCCCCCCUUACCCUGACACACACUGCUCCCCCUUACCCUGACACACACUGCUAUUGAUUAUCUGGCUUUGUAAAUUAUUCAGCAGAUAUUUGAUUUUUAUUGCAAUGAACCUUGUUUUAUCGUAUGAAGCACAGCAAAGUGAAAAAUAAAAACAAUUAAAACAUU